AUGCGUUACCAACUCUCUUUCGCUGCUCUCGCCCUUCUUGGCUCCCACGUUCUUGCUCUCCCGGUUCCUGAAGCUGCUGAGAAGCGUGAGGCCGCUACCGAAUAUUUCCACGUUGCCGGCGACGUUCUUGACAAGAGGGAAGCAUCAAAGGAGUACUUCCAUGUUGCAAACGACGUUCUCGACAAGAGGGAGCCCGCCAAGGAGUACAUUCACUUCGACAACGAUAUCCUCGACAAGAGAGAGCCCGCCAAGGAGUACAUUCACUUCGACAACGACGUCCUUGACAAGAGGGAGCCAGCCAAGGAGUACAUUCACUUCGACAACGACGUCCUCGACAAGAGGGAGCCCGCCAAGGAGUACAUCCAUUUCGACAAUGAUGUUUUGGACAAGCGCUCAAAGGAAUAUUUCCACGUAGCCAACGAUGUCCUCGACAAGAGGGAGCCCGCCAAGGAGUACAUUCACUUCGACAACGAUGUCCUCGAUAAGAGGGAGGCUGCCAAGGAGUACAUUCACUUCGACAACGACGUCCUCGACAAGAGGGAGGCCGCCAAGGAGUACAUCCACUUCGACAAUGAUGUUUUGGACAAGCGCUCAAAGGAAUACUUCCAUGUUGCCAAUGAUGUUUUGGACAAGCGUGCCCCAGCAAAGGAGUACAUUCACUUCGACAACGACCUUCUCGACAAGAGGGAGCCCGCCAAGGAGUACAUUCACUUCGACAACGACGUCCUCGACAAGAGGGAGCCAGCCAAGGAGUACAUUCACUUCGACAAUGAUGUUUUGGACAAGCGCUCAAAGGAAUAUUUCCACGUAGCCAACGAUGUCCUCGACAAGAGGGAGCCCGCCAAGGAGUACAUUCACUUCGACAACGACGUUCUCGACAAGAGGGAGCCCGCCAAGGAGUACAUUCACUUCGACAACGACGUCCUCGACAAGAGGGAGCCCGCCAAGGAGUACAUCCAUUUCGACAAUGAUGUUUUGGACAAGCGCUCAAAGGAAUACUUCCACGUUGCCAAUGAUGUUCUCGACAAGCGCUCAAAGGAGUACUUCCACGUAGCCAACGAUGUCCUCGAUAAGAGGGAAGCCGCCAAGGAGUAUUUCCAUGUUGCCAAUGAUGUUUUGGACAAGCGUGCCCCUGCAAAGGAGUACAUUCACUUCGACAACGACGUCCUUGAUAAGAGGGAAGCCGCCAAGGAGUACAUCCAUUUCGACAACGAUGUCCUUGAUAAGCGCUCAAAGGAAUACUUCCACGUUGCCAACGAUGUUCUCGACAAGAGGGAAGCCGCCAAGGAGUACAUCCAUUUCGACAACGAUGUCCUUGACAAGCGCUCAAAGGAAUACUUCCACGUUGCCAAUGAUGUUCUCGACAAGAGGGAAGCCGCCAAGGAGUACUUCCACGUCGCCAACGAUGUCUUGGAUAAGCGCGAGGCGGCCAAGGAAUACUUCCACGUCGCCAACGAUGUCUUGGAUAAGCGCGAGGCGGCCAAGGAAUACUUCCACGUCGCCAACGAUGUCUUGGAUAAGCGCGAGGCUGCUACCGAGUAUUUCCAUGUUGCGAACGAUGUUCUCGACAAAUAG